UACUGAUCAGUUAACGUGAAGCAACUUCAGGUUGCAGUCAGAUGUAACGGAAAUAUCUGGCGUAUAUAUUAUUACAUGCAGUAGUACUAAUCGUUAGUGCAGUGAAAAUAGGAAAUUCAUACAUACAUAUGUAACUGAAAUGAAUUCACAAUCAACGAAUUAAAAAUUCCCUUUCGCAAUUUCAUUCGGAAAGUAAAAAUAGCCAAUAUGGAAUAGAACGCAUUAAUUUGCAUAUUAAUACAAAGAAUGUUUAUAACAAUACUUGCAUAAAUAUGUGUCAAAGUGUGAUAUUUUAAUGACUGCGAAUUCCGCCUCAAACUACAUACAUACGUAUGUAUGUAUGUAUGUAUGUAUGUAUGUAUGUAAAUACUAGUACCAAUUAAUGCAUUCAAGCUAAGCUUAUGUACUAGUAUAUUAUUAUGUACAUAUGUAUGUAAACAUGAACAAAUUAAGUUUGUGAAUGCAAAAUAUAAAAAGCUUAUCGAUUUGCGAAUGGGAAACGAUCAAGAUUGCACUUUGUAAAAGGACUGGCUGACUGUUUGAUUUUUAAUAUACGAAUAUCUAUUUAAAAAUACCUAUAGAUAAAUUAACAUUGCUAAAAGUUUAACAGAAAGCCCAAUGAAACUAUGAAAAUAUUUUUUUUCAUAUAUUAAUAUGUAUAAAGACAUGUAAAAUGUGGUAAAAUGUGUAUAGUUCAUCAACGCCAAGUAUUAAUGUUGUGGGAUACUAAAAAACAAGUUUUGGGCUCGAAAUGUCAUAAUAAGCAGUUUUAAUGCAGAACAUUUUUUUUGGCCCGUUAUCUACGAGUAUACGAUUAAAAUCUAUUGCAAUUUUAAAUGGAAAAUGAGGCGUAUAGUUUGAAAGGCAUCCAACUACAAAAUAUAAAACUUUGACGAUAUUGCUAAACUUGGCUCAAAAGUAUAGCGAUAGUAAUGUAAAUAAAUGGCUACGAUUAAAAAGCGGUGAUGAUGAUGAUUAGUCAAACCCGAAAUUUUGCAGUUGAGCUGAUAGUAGUAGUGCUUUUUUUGACAACUUUCAACAGUAGCACUACCAGAAGUGUUGUUAUAUCACCGAGAAACCAUAGUAGAGUAAUAGCAGAUGAAAAGGACAUUGUGCAUGAAAAAUCGAUAUCUAUUGAACCAAUAGCUGCCACAUCACAAUUGCUGCAAAAGGACAAUACUACACAAAAUAAAACAGUAAACUUAAAACUGAAAGGGGAAAAGGAAACUCAAACUUCGAGGACUCCAUUGAAUUUGGAAAAGGAGGCUGCAACAUUAGUAAUAUCAACAGCUUCAACAAUAUCUGAUUUCCUACCUGUUGAAUAUUCAUCGACAACAGCUUAUACAGAAAUUUCUGAAAACAUAGAAAGCCACGAGAAUACUUCAAAAGAAUUGUUCGGCGCUGCUGAAGAUGUUGAAAUUUCUACUAUUUUUUCUACGACAUUUAGACCGGCUUGGUCCUCGCUUUCAUCAAACAUAUCCGCUCAGGAGAGAGAGCGUAGGCUCAUGUUAGUUUUAGCUGCUCGCCGUAAUGCUCUACAAAAAGGAAGUUUUAGUACACGCAUUGUAACCACGGGUAGAACCGCUACAGUGCCUUCAGUGGAUAGUACGUCUAAAACACCGACUGAUCGACGAUCAAUAUGUUUAAGAAAUUGCACAAAGAAUUUUACCCGUCGCACAACAGCAAGUUGUAUGCGUCAGUGCUCUAAUUUCUCGUACUCUGGCCAUUUGAUCAACUCCAAUGAAACUAGUAAAACCGUGAUGAUCGUCCGAAAAUCAUCAUUAACGGGUCGUGGUACGCAAACAUUUGAUCGAGAAAACAAUGAGGUCCUAUUUACAGACGAAUCAUCGCACGGACUUUUUGUUAUAGUAAAAGAGCAAAAUGACACCUUAAAUCAUAUUCCAGCUAUAAAGAAAAGUAUAAAAACACGUUCUAGAAAUAAUCUUUUAUCACCAGUAACGGUAGCUCCUAGCUCCAUGGAAGAUGAUAAUGUUCAGCCUUAUCUGUACUUUGGUGAAAAACUUCCUCCCAUUAAACCAGCUACGCUGACAAUUACUUCAGUUAGUCAUGAACAGCCCAUGCUGUUAGAAGUUUCAUCUAUACAGUUAGAUUCUACAACGCCAAAAUCUUUAAUAUCCACAUCAUCAUUAUCAGCAGUUGAGCGUAGUCGAGCACGUUACAAGUACCGAGAUCGAGGAUAUGUAAAUUCUAGGCGGUCUCCUCCUCAUGCAAGUGCGCCCAAGUCAUGGGAACCGAAGAGUAGACUUGUAUUAAAUUCCUCUACUAUAGCAUCCUUAACAAUGGAAAUAAAUGAUGAGCAAGUAGAAAAAGAAAAAAUCCCAGUGGUAUCUUCUACUCCAAUAAUAGUAACUAAGGUGGGUGGGAAUGAAACAUUACAAUCUAAUUACCGUUCGCAAUUACUACUAAAACAAACAAAAAAAUCUAUUGAAACUACUACAACCUUCAACACUUUGGUUUCCUAUCCAACGAAUGUGGAAACUUCACAUAGCAUCACGACAACUCCAACUUUGCUAAAGGCGAUAACAAUAGCGACUACGAAAUUAUAUCAUCCAAGAGAUAAUCACACUACUAUUCACGCCUAUUCGCCCGCAUCUUCCACCACAACAACAAUGAAUAUCACUAGCAAAACCACAAAUUUAGAAAAAUCAUUUACAAGUACCACCAGUAAAAGGCUCAUAAAUAGUGAUACACAAAAUAUUGAAAAAAUGGAACCAAAUCUCAAUAUAGAAGUUGACCACUAUAACACGACUGCUAAUUCAAAUUCCUCAGCAUAUCCAAAGACAAUCAUUGACGAAGAUAUUGAAAAACUUAGGGCUCUUGGUCCAAGCCUCACACAAGAAAUAAUAAAUGAUGAGAACAUUGUUAUAUUUCUCAAUCAAACGACUCCAGAUACUAUAUCAAUUAUUUCCACCAAUUCACCAACUUCUAUACUUCGUACUACAGAAUGGACACCUGAACUUUCAUCUCCGAAUUCCAACACUGAAAUUUCAUAUUUGCCAACGGAAACUAGUUCAUUAAAUAAAGAUACUAAGCCGUCCUUUGUGGGCGUUAUAGAGACAACACCGAUUAAAGUAAAUAAUGAGUUUAACGCUAAUGAGAGUCAUGUAAAAUCUAGUUAUGUCGUCAAUAAAAAUGAAGUCACAUUAGAUGUGCGACGUGUUAAUAUUGCCACAAUAGUGCUAGCCGGAAUUUGUAUAAUACCUCUCUGUGCACUAAUUCUUUAUCUUAUGCGCUCUUAUAUAUUUCGACAUGAUAUUAAAAAUGAAGAGGAGUUCGAUGUAUGCGUAGGCGACCAACAGCCUAUAAGUCCUAUUAAAAAAAUCGACUCCAAAUAUCAAAUCAAAAACGAUGAAGGAGAAAAUGGUGCUAGCCGUAAGGGUAUUCAGGCAUUACAUUUGCAAUCAAACCACAAUUUGCCGAUGGUGCUUAGUAAGGUUUCGUCUCGAGAUACAAAUCAUAACAACCACUAUGAUGAACAGUGCUCUGUGACUAGUGAUCAAGAAUUCGAUCGUAGCAAUAUACGUCUGAAAAGUUUGCUUGGCGAGGGCAACUUUGGCCAAGUGUGGAAAGCAGAGGCUGACGAUCUUAGCGGACACUUUGGAGCUACUCGAAUUGUUGCCGUAAAAACAAUAAGGAAAUGUAGUGGUCAAGUUAGUUUAAAAGAGGAAGCAGAAGUUAUGCGGAAAUUGGGUUCUCAUCAGAACGUUGUUACUCUUCUUGGUGCUAGCUUGGAGAUGGAGCCGCAUAUGCUGAUAAUGGAAUAUGCGAUGCGAGGGCGACUAUUGUCACUAUUACGAGCCGCGCGCAAUGCUACCAAUAUAUUACCGGCGUCGGUACCGGGAGGCCGAAGCUUAACACCUCUAUCACCGCGAACUCUCGGUGGAUUUGCAUUAGACAUCGCAUGUGGAAUGGAAUACAUCGCUGAAAAGAGAAUUGUUCAUCGUGACCUUGCAGCACGCAAUGUUCUUCUUGAUCACAAUGGAAUUUGCAAAAUUUGUGAUUUCGGCAUGUCAAUUGAUUUGGAUAUUCAGCUUAAAGAGCCAGAAAAAAACACUGAACAUGAUAAAAAAAAGAGUAAAUUUGACUUUGGCAGUCGCUAUAUAAUAAAACAAUGGAAUAAUAACUUUACCGUUAUUCCGACUUCAACAAAAGAUACGGCCGAUAAGAAACCCCACAUCCACGGAAAUGGUCAAUGUCAUGAUACAAUUAAUCGGCGACCGCCAUUACCAAUACGUUGGAUGGCACCAGAAGCACUACAGUAUCACAUUUUCACUCAUGAAACUGACGUAUGGGCUUUUGGAAUUGUGCUAUGGGAAAUAGCUACACUCGGAUCUACGCCAUAUGCCAAUUUGUCAGGCCGUGAAGUCAUAAGACGAGUUCCAAAUGGGCUAAGGCCAGAUUUACCUAGAGAAGGACGUAAUGAAUUCUCCAAUUUAAUGACUCGUUGUUGGCUAAAGGAGUCACAUUUACGGCCAUCGUUCACGUUCGUACGCCAAGAAAUUUCUCGUUCUCUACAAAAAUGGGUCGAUGACCACUCUACAGCUUCGGACUAUAUGGAUGUAAGCGGGUUUAGUGAAGAUCUGGAACAAGGCAUGGUUUAUUUCAAUCAUCGAAUAUCUGAGUUUGAAUGUGAAAUAUGACGAUAACUAAAAUCUUUACCACUGAAUCUUUUUAUAUUCGUCUGGCUAUAUGUAUUCUAUCUGUACUUUAUCACAAUUACAUUCCGUUGUUUAACAGUCGAAUUUCAUCCACAUACUCGUAGAAAAUAUCGAUUUGGUUAGAUUUGUGUCAAUAGCUUUAUCCCGAAAAUAUUUAUUUUAAAUUAUGUCCUAAGGACUAAAGUGCUUGCUGCAGUAUUAUAUAAUUUUUUUCUCCAAAUUUAAAACUUAGAGGAUCCAUGUAUUUAUAUAUAUGCAUAUAUUUAUGUAUGUA